GAAGGGCGUAAAAUUUUAGAUCCUGAAAAGCACAGCUUGCUUGCAAAUGUUCCUUCCUGACGGACCAACUCGUGUUCGCCGCUGACCCGUGACCCGUCCAUCCAGCCUUUGUCUUUCAGCGACACGACCACGACUCAAAAACACGCAUCUUUACGACGCAUCACCCACCGUGCCUUUCCCUCGUGCUUUUCAUAGCCUUGCAGUACUUUUAAUAUGAGGUCUUCACGUCCUGCUCCCCAGACCCAGCGCCAGCACCAAUCAGCAUCUCGUCGCAACGACUAUCCACCCUCACUAUCUCUACCAUCUUUACCAGCACCAGGCGCGCGAUGCCUACCAAGUUUAACAUCUUUAGGUCGUGUAUUUAUGGCGCGGUCCUGUUGUGGACAAUCAUAUGUCUAGCCAUCGCGGCCCACUUCCAAAGCUUGCUGGUUACAGAUGACCUCACUCGCUUCGUUCCUUUCUCUCUAUUCGUGUGCAGCGCCAGUCUGCUUAUCAUUGUCAUACUACUUACAGUCGGUAUAAAGCCAGACAGAAAUCCAAUAUCCACCAGAAUUGAGCUUGGCUGUCUUGGUCUGCUUGGGACUUUCUGGAUAGCCCUCGGAGGGUUUUUAGCAGGCUCAGACUCUGCGGAGUCGGACGUAGAGUGCUUUGCUUCAGAUACACUCGCAGACCCUAUCCAAUACCCAGGCUUCUCGACAGAAACAUAUCAAGCACAGUACCGAGUGCUCGAGGCGUUCUCGCUCUUCAAUGCCAUACUAAUCUGGGGAUUCUUCCUGCUCCUAUUGGUACUCGCGGUCCGACAUUACCGCAACGUCAACAGGAGAGUGUGGUACACUUCUGUCACAGCAUAUCCUUGGUUUGGCAAGGGCUCACAGCUGCCUGGUCCUGCCACUCGCCGGUCGAGGUCAAAGUCGAGAGGUAGAGCCUACGACGAAAAGAAUGUUUCGGGCCCAAACCGCUACCCAUCUACACGGCGCGGUCACGGUGACGCCUCGUACGUUGUUUGGCAACCUGAACGACAGGGACACAAAGUGCCUGCAAGAGCACAUACUGUUGAUAAGUACAAGAGAAAUGCAUCACCCCGGCGGUGACGGUUCGUCCGGCAUGACCACCACCUGACUCAGUGAGUCUAUAUACAGUAUCUUAUCUUUAUUAGAGGGGUUUUUAUUGUGGGUCAAACUUGGGGAGAAAAAAGAAGAAAAGACGAAGUCGUGUUUGUAACUGUACUUUUACGAUUAUACGCUGUACGAACGCACGUUGUAGCGCUCAGAUGACUUAUAGAUUAUAGAAAUGUUUUGGAGCCUCUGUUGACACGUGACUU